AUGCCAAAUUUUCAGCCUGAUCAGAGCUUGCGUGCGGCGAAUGCGGCGCGAGAAUAUCUUGACGGCGACUCGCUAACGCGUACAACACGCGCAAAUCCCGCGCCUCCGCGCGUCUUGACAAUCAACGAGCUCGCAGUGAUACACAAGACCAAUGAAGGCCUCGUAAAGAAGUAUAUCAGGCUUCUUCGCGCCAAUCUGGCUCUUCCAAGCGGGGGAAAGGGAGGCGCCCCUACUGCUCUUACCGAUGCUGAAGAGAAGAGUCUACUCUCAUACGCAAGACUCGUCGAAGGCGGCACUUUCGCACUCACGGAGGCAUGCCUCAUCAAUAAGGCCAACUUUAUCCGCCAUCAUCGCCGUCAGGGCUUAACUUCUCAGGUGUCGAGAUCGUGGCUUACUCGCUUUAAACGGCGGCAUCCAGAGCUUGCCAUCAGGAGGGCUAGGAUCCAGGAGAUCACUCGCGCCGGCGCCGAGCUUGAGGUUGACGAGCUUGAGGCUUGGUUCCACGAAUAUCAGGCCGUUAUCAAGGAGCUCAGAAUAACGCCAGAAAAUCUAUGGAAUUUCGACGAAACCCCUCUUCAGCUUGGGUGGAUGAAGGGCUCCCUAAAGCUAGUGUCAUUACGGAUGAAGAGGAGCAGAAGGCCCGUCUUCUUCCAGCCUGGGAAUAAGGAGUCGUUAACAUCAUGCAAAGUCCUCCUUGAAGAAUACACGAUGGCUACAAUUAGCGACGACGUUGUCGUUACAUAUACAACAACAGGAUAUAACAAUAGCCAGCGGGCGUUCCAGUGGCUUCAGCACUUCAACCGCUACUCCUUUGCUAGGAAGCAAUGGGAACGGCGUACAUUCUACACUCAGAAGACGAAGACGGUCUUCCGGCUGCUCGUUAUGGAUGGAUUUGCUGCACACGAGGACCCUGAAUUUAUCUGGUAUUGCGAGAUGUUCGAGAUCGUACCGUUCAAGCUACCAUCGCAUACAAGCCACCUCCUACAACCUCUUGACGUUGGCGUCUAUCAACAUCUCAAACGUGCACAACAAGGAACCUUAAAGAAGUUCGUUAUCGGUGGCGGCACACGCAUCUCGAGAUUCGACUUUCUCUGCCAAUGGAAUGAGCUAUUCAGCGCCGCGUUUAAGGCUUGUUAUAUCUUUGUGGGCUUUGAACAGUCCGGCUAUGGCCUCCUGAUCCUGAACAUCAGCAAGACCGUAUCCAGCGAGAGAGGCGCAGAACCAAGACCCUACGCCGAAUCCGAGGCGUUGACGAUGGCGCCUUUACGAUACAGCAACUACGAGAAAGCGGCCGCCCGGCAGCAAGAAGACCAAGAGGCUAGUGCCAAGCGUGCUCUUAAGGAUAGCGAGACUCAAUUUCGACAUCUCCGUGCUAUGGAUGCCGCACAAACAGCGUCACAGCCUCGUCUACGCGGUGGAGCCGCCGUGGCGGCGAAAGCAGUAGAAGAGGCCAAGUACAGGACAUACAUUCAACAACUCGUGACCCCGGAAGAAGCUGUCGCUCGCGAGGCUCUUCAAGAGCGCUGGACUACGGCUACGGAGGGCUACCGGUAUUUCCUAUGGGCAACACACCCUAAAGGCGAUCUCACAGCUCUUCCUGAUAUCGUGGCCUGGUCACAAGCUCAGGAGGAGGCGCGGGCACAAGCUGCUGCCAACGUGGCCGACGAAGACUCUGAUAUCGAUCAUGACUAUAUAUCUAUGCUGCUUUCUUCAGAGCCGGAUCUCGCGCCUAAUAGCGACGAUGAUGAGGAUGACAUUCAGAUCAUAACAACACAGCGCCAACGCCCGCGUAUUGCGAGACCACCACUAUCGCAGCUUCCACUCGAGCAGCUUCCGCCACGGCAGCCGGUGCAAUUGAACGAAGAAGACGAGGCGGCGAUCCAGGCCGAGCUCAAGGAGGAACGCGUUAUCGUGGGUGUAUACAGCGACGAGGAUGAUGAAGAAGAGGAUGAGCCGGAGGUUGUUAUAUAUGGUAGACGAAUUGCUGUACCAAAGACGCGCGUGCGUCAGGCCUAG